AUGGAUCUCUCCACGGCAAUGUGGACGGCGGCGGUUCUCGGCGCUGCCGCGGUCUACUGGUUCAUGUGGGUGAUGGGCUCGGCGGAAGUGAAAGGUAAGCGGGCAAUGGACCUUACGACGGGAUUUAUCGGGCGGGAUCAGGUACAGGAGAAGCACAGGCAAGUCUGGUCCUUCUUUGUCCGCUCCAAGGAGGACAUUGCCGCUGCGUCCGACGAAGACAAGAUGCCUUCCAUCAUCGAAACCUACUACAAUCUCGUCACUGACAUCUUCGAGUGGGGAUGGAGGGGGCAGUCCUUCCACUUCUCGCCCUCACUUCCAGGCCGCUCCCACCGGGAAGCCACCCGCAUCCACGAGGAGCGCGCCGCUGAUCUCAUCACAGCUCGUCCGGGCCAAUGGAUCGUCGACGUGGGAUGUGGCGUCGGCGGCCCGAUGCGCACCAUUGCUGCCCGCUCCGGCGCCGACAUCGUCAGCAUCACCAUCAGCGAGUACCAGGUCGCCCGCGCCCGCGAGUACAACUGCAAGGUCGGCCUCGACGGGCGCUGCGAAGUCGUCUGCGGCAACUUCCUCGAGAUGCCCUUCCUGAAAGCCUCUUUCGACGGUGCUUACUCCAUCGAGGCCACCUGCUGCGCUCCCCGCCUGGAGGACGUCUACCGGGAGGUCUUCCGCGUGCUCAAGCCCGGCGCCCUCUACGUGUCCUACGAAUGGGUCACCACCGCGCUGUACCGGCCGGACGAUCCGCGCCACGUCGAGACCAUCCGCGGGGCCGAGACCGGAGGCGCUCUCGCAACCCUCCGCGCGCAGCACGAGCUGGCGGCGAUCGCGCACCAGGUGGGCUUCGAGGUCGUGGAGGAGCGCGAUUUGGCGCUACCCCCGGCGGAGCCGUGGUGGACGCGUCUCAAGAUAAGCCGCUUCGCCUACUGGCGCAACCACCUGCUGGUCACCAUCCUCGCGGCGCUGCGCAUCGCUCCGAAGGGCAUCGUCGACGUCCACGAGAUGCUUUGCCAGACUGCGGCCCACAUGCGCUAUGGCGGCGAAAUCGGCAUCUUCACCCCAUGCACAUGA